AUGUUCACCAUUGCGGCUCUCUCCUUCAUCGGCGGGGCCAUUGCCCAGCAGGUCGGUAACAAUGAGCCUGAGGUUCACCCUUCCAUGAGCUGGAGUCGCUGCUCCGGCCAGGGAUCUUGCCAGAACGUCGACGGCGAGGUUGUCAUUGACGCCAACUGGCGCUGGAUCCAUCGAUCGGGUGGUUACGACAACUGCUACGACGGCAACGACUGGACCGAUGCCUGCAGCAGCAACGAGGACUGCGCUGAGAACUGCGAGGUCGAGGGUGCCAAGUACGAGGAGACCUAUGGUGCCUCUACCUCCGGUGACGCUCUUACUUUGAGUUUCACAAAGGACAAUGCCUCGGGCAAGAACAUUGGCUCGCGUCUCUAUCUCAUGGCCGACGAGAGCAGCUACGAGAUGUUCGACCUCAUCGGCAACGAGCUCUCCUUCGACGUCGAUCUGUCGACCGUCGUCUGUGGCAUCAACUCUGCGCUCUACUUUGUUGCCAUGCCCGAGGAUGGUGGUUCCGGCGACUACCCAACCAACGCCGCCGGUGCCCAGUACGGCACCGGAUACUGCGACGCGCAGUGCGCCCGCGACCUCAAGUUCAUUGCCGGCCAGGCCAACUACGAGGGCUGGGAGCCUUCGGACAGCGAUGCCAACGCUGGUGUCGGCAAUCUCGGCUCCUGCUGCGCCGAGAUUGACGUCUGGGAGUCCAACUCGCACUCGUUCGCCCUGACCCCCCACGCGUGCGAGGCCGGCUACAACGACUUCCACGUCUGCGAGGGCGACGAGGGAUGCGGUGGCACCUACUCCCCCGAGCGCUUCAACGGCCACUGCGACGCCAACGGCUGUGACUUCAACCCCUACCGCCUGGGCGUGACCGACUUCUACGGCAAGGGCAAGACGGUUGACACCAGCAAGCCCUUCACCGUCGUGACCCAGUUCGAGAACAACGCCCUGAACCAGUUCUUCGUCCAGGACGGCCAGCGCAUCGAGAUGCCCAACGCCAACCAGGAUGGCCUGCCCGAGACCAACGAGAUCAAGCCCGAGCUCUGCGACGUCCUCUUUGACGUCUUUGACGACUACGACCGCUACACCGAGGUGGGCGGAUGGACCGCCAUGCAGGAAGCCCUGUCCAAGCCCAUGGUGCUCGUCAUGUCCAUCUGGGCUGACCACUACGCCAACAUGCUCUGGCUCGACGGCCUGUGGCCCCGUGACGCUGACCCUUCGACCCCCGGUGCUCUCCGUGGUGACUGCCCUGUCGACUCGGGUGACCCGGACGAGGUCGUUGCCAGCAACCCCAACGCUUACGUCACCUGGUCCAACAUCCGCUUCGGACCUAUCGGUUCCACCACCGACUAA